AGAGGCGGUCGGCGGAGUGCUCGGACAACAACACACACAAAGGUGAGGACGUGUAGAGGUUUUCUGCUCCGAAGUCUUCACAGCAGGUUCGUCUUAUCUCUACCGGCCGUGACGGUUUGUGUACGCCGGUGACUGACCUGCGAGAGCGUGAUUUUUUCCUCUCGAAAACGCCGACAAGGUGGAAACUAAUAAAGCUGAAGGGAAACCUCCUCUGAUAACAAUAGGCACAGGAUUAAAGGAAGACAUAUCCUGGUCAUUGUUUAUCGCUGCUGGAUGGAGUCGUUUCCCUGAGCUCAAGGAAUCCGCCACCACUUGAAGUUGGGAAAGCUGUCAUCCUUUGGCAAUCAGCUGAUAAAGACGCGUCACAACCACCACCAAGUGACACUUCUGAGGAAGGCGGAAGUUUCCGCCGAAACAUGUCAAGGGUCGCCUUAGAGCCUUCAGACCGUGUCGUCUGCAGUUCACCGGCCUCGACGAGAUACUGGAAUCAUCAACGGAGGCAUCAUCAUAGCUGUUAAUCCAGAGGGAUGGAGUGAGGAGUGUUUGAACAGAGUGUUAACAAGUUCACUGACAUGGGACACCGAAAAGUAUUGAAAACUGUGUGUUCUCAAGCCAGCAAGAACAAAAUGUUACAUUACUGUUUCAGGUGCUUUGUCUGAACAAGAGAUCCAGCUACCCACAGUCAAAGGAGAGCAGCUGUUUUUGUGUCAAGGCCAGUUGCUGCGUUGGCCCCAUACAGACUGAAUUGAGUUCUCCUGGAGCAUGGUUGCCAUGCAGACUGCUUUAUAGAGACUUCAGCUGUGAAAGUUCUCCAUCAACACAUUUCUUUUCAUCAGGCUUCAGCUCCGUUAAGCACCAAAUGUGUCCGUGAGACCCUCUCGUCACUUCACUCAGCGGGCAUUAUGUUGACCCUAAUCUAAACCGAUCAGCAAGCCAUCCCUACCUUUCCCUCCCAUCUCCCAUCUCCCCUCCCCACACCCUUUCCCAUUUCCAUCAUGACCAGCCUGAAGCGUUCUCAGACGGAGCGCUCGGUUGGGGGCUCAGUGCCGGCUUCUGAUGAGUUCUACACCCGCCGCCUGCGACUGCCCAAUGGAGGGGCACCUCCACCUCGCAGUGAGAGCGCCCACAUCUCCUCUUCCUCCACCACUGGCACGAACCCUGGGGUCCCCAAGAUGGGGGUUCGGGCUCGUGUGGCCGAUUGGCCCCCAAGGAAAGAUGGAGGAGGAGGAGGUGUUUGGCAUAUCACAGUGGAAACAGACUCACCCAGCUCUACCAAUACCACCAGCUCUUCGGGAUCAGGUAGUGGAGAUAGAGAAAGACUUGGAGGAGGUGGAGGAGGAGGAGGAGGGGGAGGGGGAGGAAGUGGUGGUAGUGGUAGUGGUGGCAGCGGAGGCGGAGGGGUGUCAGCCGUCACAGCCCACAGCAAUCUGUCAGCCAAGCUGGGCCACCUGAUUAGCCCGCAGGACUCAUCCAUGCUGCGCAACAUCCACAACACACUAAAGAACAAGAUGCAGAGCAAGGGAAAAGACAAUCGCUUCCUGUCACCUGACGGCUAUCUGGGCUCACCUCGCAAAGGCAUGAGGCGCAUACGCCAGCGCAGUAACAGUGAUAUAACUAUAAGUGAGCUGGAUGUGGAUGGCAAUGAGGGUUGGUCAUUCUCCGGGUGGACACCCAUGCACCGUGAGUAUGGCAGCACUUCAUCCAUAGAUAAACACGGUGUUUCAGGAGAGAGCUUCUUUGACAUGCUAAAGGGAUACCAGUCCUCUGAGGCCCCUGAUCAGCGAAGCCCAGCUCCAGAGAAGCUAACAGAGCUACUCAGUGUGGCCCCGACAAAGCAGGCUGCCCUGGACCUGCCAGAUGGACCUUUGGGUCCAGCCAGAGGUAGUCCUGCCAGUCGGCUGAAGGAACGAGAGAAGCACUUGAAGAGGAGGUCAAAGUCAGAGACAGGGGGAGAGUCGAUAUUCCGUAAGCUGCGCAGUGUGAAGGUGGAGGGUGACACAUCGAGGGGUGGCUCAGAUGCAGAAGAUGGGGGAAAAGGGGAUGAGAGUGGCCCACCUCCCAAACCCUGGGCGUGCCAAAAAGGCUUCUCCCAUUUCGAUGUCCAGUCCCUACUCUUUGACCUCAAUGAGGUAAUCCAUAGUCGGCAAUCUGGGUCCAAACGCAAGAACACCACUACCGGUGCCUCGGCUGCUGCUGCUGCCUCUGCUUCAGCCACGUCCUCCCUUGCCUCCAAUCAGAGUGGACUGUAUGGGUCACCCUGUGGCUCACAAGAGGAGCUGAGCAAGGAGGGGACAGGAGGACAUGGUACCAACCCUGCCUUGGACCCUGGUGAUGACAAGAGCAAUGACUUGGUGCUCAGCUGCCCUUGUUUCAGGAAUGAGAUUGGUGGAGAGGGUGAGAGAAACAUCUCUCCUGCUAAACAGCAGGGCAGUAUUGGUAGCGGUGGGAGCUCAAGCAAUUCUUCUGGCAGUACAGAGGAAGGACCUUUGGAUGCCACCCUCACUACGCAUUUUACUAACGCUGGGGUGGCUGUGUUGGAGGCCCCCAAGGACGGGCCAAGCCAACACGCUGACAGGUCCAAACGAUACAUUGUGGAACAUGUUGACCUUGGCACCUAUUACUACCGAAAGUACUUCUACCUCAGAGAACACUGGAACUAUCUGGGGGUAGAUGAGAACCUGGGCCCGGUGGCAGUGAGUCUGAGGAGGGAGAAACUGGAUGAACACAAGGAGCAUGGCCAGCAGUACAACUACAGAGUCAUCUUCAGAACGAGUGAGCUGAACACCCUGAGGGGCUCUAUCCUGGAAGAUGCAGUACCUUCAACAUCCAAGCACGGUUUAGCUCGAGGCCUGCCCCUGAAAGAGGUGCUGGAGUACCUGGUGCCUGAGCUCAAUGUGCACUGCCUGCGCCUGGCACUCAACACACCUAAGGUCACUGAGCAGCUAAUGAAGCUGGAUGAGCAGGGGUUGAGUUUCCAGCGGAAAGUGGGGGUGAUGUACUGCAUGGCAGGCCAGAGCAGCGAGGAGGAGAUGUACAACAACGAAUCAGCCGGUCCUGCGCUGGAGGAGUUCCUGCAUCUGCUGGGGGAAAGGGUUAGACUCAAAGGAUUCACCAAGUACCGGGCCCAGCUGGACACCAAGACUGACUCCACGGGCACCCACUCCUUGUACACCACUUACAAGGACUAUGAGAUCAUGUUCCAUGUCUCCACCAUGCUGCCCUACACACCCAACAAUAAGCAACAGUUACUGAGGAAGCGUCACAUUGGGAAUGACAUCGUGACGAUCGUGUUCCAGGAACCUGGGGCACUCCCCUUCACCCCCAAAAACAUUCGCUCACACUUCCAGCACGUCUUUGUGAUCGUGCGCGCUCACAACCCAUGUUCCGAAAGCAGCUCCUACAGUGUGGCUGUCACCCGUUCCAAAGACGUGCCCUCUUUCGGCCCCCCCAUCCCAGAAGGCGUGACCUUUCCCAAGUCCUCUGUGUUCCGGGACUUCCUGCUGGCCAAGGUCAUCAAUGCAGAAAAUGCUGCCCACAAGUCGCACAAGUUCCGCGCCAUGGCCACUCGGACUCGCCAGGAGUACCUGCGCGACCUGGCUGAGCGCCACACCACCAGCACGCCCAUCGACCCCUCAGGGAAGUUCCCUUUCAUCUCCCUGGCGCACAAGAAAAAAGAGAAGAGCCGGCCGUACGGAGGGGCAGAGCUGCGCAGCCUGGGUGCGGUGACCUGGCUGGUCCACGUUGAGGAUCACGGGACCGGAGGGGAGUUGGAGGCCCUUCUGGCCAUCUCCAAUGACUUUCUUAUCCUGUUGGACCAGGAGGCCAAGGCGGUGGUGUUUAACUGCGCCACUAAGGACGUGAUUGGCUGGACGCUGAGCAGCCCUGCGUCUUUGCGGAUUUUCUACGAACGGGGAGAAAGUGUGUCUCUGAGGAGUAUCAAUAAUAACACUGAGGAUUUCAAAGAGGUCGUCAAACGUCUGGAGUUCCUGACUAAGGGCUGUGAGACAUCGGAGAUGACUCUUCGUCGAAAUGGCCUGGGACAGCUGGGCUUCCACGUGAACUAUGAAGGCAUUGUGGCUGAGGUGGAGCCAUAUGGUUACGCCUGGCAGGCAGGACUGCGGCAGGGAAGCAGAUUGGUAGAGAUCUGCAAAGUUGCCGUAGCAACGCUGACCCAUGAGCAGAUGAUUGACCUCCUGCGGACCUCAGUGACAGUGCGUGUCGUUAUCAUCCCUCCACAUGAUGACGCUACUCCACGCAGGGGCUGUUCCGAGCUGUAUCGGAUGCCUGUGUCAGAAUACAAGGGCAGCAGCAGCGACAGCGGCUCCUUCGAGUACAAGUUCCCCUUCCGCAGUAACAACAACAAGUGGCAGAGGACGUCCAGCAGCCCUCAGCAGUCACUGACCGCCUCGCCGCAGCCCCACACGCCCAACCGGGCCAUCAGCCUGGGUAGCUCAGUGGGGAAGACCCUGUCGGCUGAGAGGCUGGAGAGGGGCGCUGUUAUCCCACGCAGUGUCAGCAGUGAUGGCCGACCCCUGGACUCCAAGAGGAUGUCUCCUGGCAGUGAGAGCUACAGCCUGGCCUCCUCCCUGGCGUUGGGUCGCUCCCCUCACAAUCGCAGCUCUCCCAGCAACCUGUCCUGUGCCAGUGACGCCUCCGGAAGCUCUGCUCACUGGAGACAGAAGUCGAUGCCUGAGCAGUUUGCGGGCAGCCGCCACUCUCCGAUGUCUGGGGAGAGACGAGAGGUUGGAGAGGGUGGGUCCAGUGGAAAGUCUACUCCUAAUUGGUCGAGAAUGGAGGAAGGGGGUGGAGCUGAACGAGGGUCAACAGAGGCCCCAGCAUCCAAGUCUGGCCAAGGCUAUUCGGGAGCUCCCCGCAUCCAGAGGCAGGAGCAGGUCAUACACCUGUCCCCAAAGAAGGGCAGCCAGUCGGACGGCCCUUACUCCGGGCACUCCAGCAGUAACACUCUAUCCAGCACAGCUUCCAGCGGGGGUCACAGCGACAGUGAUAAAUGGUACGAAAUGGGAGCGGGUGGAGGCUCCAGUGGUGACCAGGGGGAGACAGAGCCUAAUGGCCUGGGAGGUGGAGGCUACCUCCAGGGGGCGUCAGCAGACAGUGGCAUUGACACCAGCUCUUAUGGCGCCUCUCAUCACUCACACCCCCACUCUCAUCACGGCAGCACCACCUCUCUGCUGGCUCCCAGCGGAGGCAGGGAGAGCAGGGAGCGGUCUCCAUGGCACAGCCCCACAGAGGGAGGCCGCAGGAUGCUGGAGAGGUCGCCGGCUGCUGCUGAGUCUCCGGGCCCUCCAGGAGAAAGGAGUCACGAAGGGACAGGCCGAAGCCCACCUACUCAUCUCCUGGUUAGAGACAGCAGCACCUACAGUCUGAGUGAAGCUGGAUCACACUCAAGUGCCAGGCACUCAGGCCACAGCUCCCCAAGAGAGGAGUCUUCCUCUUCAGCCACCUCCCCGUCAUCCCAGUCCUCAGCUUCCCCUGGGCCCAAGAGCUUCUACCCCCGCCAAGGAGCUCAGUCCAAGUACCUGAUUGGCUGGAGGAAACCCGGCUCCACCAUCAAUUCCGUCGACUUUGGAGACACACGCAAGAAGUCUCCAGGAGAGGGUGGAGUGGAAGUUCCAACCCCAGCAGCCAGGCCCUCUCUCCGGGACAUGCACUCACCUCAGCCUCACGCCAAAUCUACUAUGGAGGAAGAUGUGAAGAGACACAACGCCCCAGACAGCCCUCCACCUCCACGCAGGCAUAAGGAAAAGCAUAGUCAGAAAUCACCACCCAGCCAGCCUCUGAGGCGCCGCGGCUCGCUCCAUCGUACCCUUUCAGAUGAGAGUAUCUAUCGUGGCCAGCGCCUUCCCCCCCUGUGUGACGCAGUGGCUGAACCAGCACUUAGCCCUGAUGUUCUCUUCAGCUGCUCCACCCUCCCACGCUCACCCACCACCCGUGGUGUUCCCCUACGACGGCCCUCCUAUAAGCUGGGAGUCAAACUUCAUGGCGACCUUUCGGCUUCUGACACAUCAUUGGUGGAUUUGGUGGAGCGUCACCGUGGACCCCUCCCUCAGGAACUGAUGCCCCUCCCGUCUCAGGACAGGGACAGUCCUCUAGAGUGGACACACCUGGUGGAUGUGGCCAAUACCUUUGAGAGUGAAAGAAACACACAUUAUGUCCAGAGAAGUUACGUGUUUGGAGAUUCAAACCACCGAAGCAGCGGUGCCUCCAGUCCCCAACAGCCCCACAUAGAGCUGCAGCCUGCUCCACUGUCACGACCCUCUUCUAGUGAGGGUCACAUAGGGCUGGAGAGGAAGGUGACCAAGCUGGAGGCCAUGGUGAAGAUGCUCCAGGAGGACUUGAAGAAGGAGCGUGAAGAGAAGGUGAGACUACAGGGUCAGAUCAAGAGGCUGUGGGAGGACAACCAGAGACUGCAGGAGGAGUCACAGACAUCCGCCGCCAAGCUCAAGAAGUUCACAGAGUGGGUCUUUAACACCAUUGACAUGAACUGACUCCGACCUGCACAUUUUCACCCGCACACGCACGAACACAAACGCAUACAUCAGCACACACAGUCUGGACGGCGAGGCAGAGGGGGAAGAAAUUGCGCACAAGAAAAGUGGAGACUUGCUUUUGGACUCAGUCGGCCUGAUGCUGAACCCUCCGACCAUCUUCCAUUGGCUUCAAACAUCCGUGGGUAAUAUUGUCGACCAGCCUCAGUCUCCACAGACCCCUCUGUUGACUUUCUCAGGAUGAGACUCGUUUAUCAGAUGAUGAAGGACUGACCUCUACUCCGCAAUGGGACCACGGGAGCGUUGCUGAAUUGAUCUUUCUCUCAUAUUGCUGUGCCAAAAUUGUUUUUGCAAAAUUGCCAACAAAGAGGAAGCUCUUCCCCUCCCUCAGCUUUGACUCUUCGUGACGUGAAUGGAAAGACUCCCUCCACCAUGUUUCCUCAUUGGAUGUACUUCUCUUUUUACUGUAGGGACACCCUUCAGCAGAUAUCUGGCCUUUUCCUCUUUGCUCUGUCACUUUUUUCUAACGUUGCCCAUCUUCUCUGAGACGUAACUUAAGUCUUCUGUGCCAAACCAAACCCGCCACAGCAGAGGGUAGCAGAGACAUCCAUGUGACUUAAGAGAAGACGUCUCUGAAAUGCCACGCAACAGGUACGCAACCAAUCUGCCAGCCCGGCCACAAAGAAACUCACGUAAUAAAUCUGAAGAUCAUAGGACACAGGAGAGGUUUUCAUUUCCUUCACAUGUAAAUGGAGUGUAUAGAAGUUUCCUCAGAACUGAAGGGUCAUCGCGGCUGUUUGUCCGUCAGCCACCGACAUGGAAGCAGAUCCAUCUGCCUCUGAACAUGAAGGAAACGUGGAUUUGUACAGUGUUCUUUUCUUUUUUUUUCCUCCUCUGUGUCUCUCAGAUCUGGAUUACUGCAUCCUGUCUGCCUCCACAGCACAAACCAACACCUGACAGAGGAGUGUAUUUAUAAGCCAUCGGCAAGUGGUGCCAUUAAUGACUGAUAUCCAGAGUGCUUUGGUCCAUCCCAAUUGUAUGUCUUAAAAGCAAUAGGAAGAAGUCAGGACUCCUGUCCCUCCCAAACAAAAGGGGGAGAGUUUGCUCUGGGAUAGAAGUUCGAUGUGGGAUUUUUGAAAGGUUUAAUUUAAAAGACACCAGUCUGUGCUGCACAAGAGCCUCCAUCUUCUUCCAGUGACGCAUCAUGCUGCGGGGAAAAGGAAAGGGAGGACUCCGCUCGCCAUCCCACUGUCUGGAAUACAGAGAGCCAGCUGAUAAGAAAAGACAGACAUUUUUGGGAGGGAAAAGUAAGAGGGGACUUUCUCCCCCCAGGUUAAUUUAUUUCCUUGUAUUAUAAUUCCAAUAAAUAAGUUGUUCUCUUGGUAAAGUACAACUGACAUCAGUGUUUAGUUCCUCAAGAAAAAGGUCACUAGCUAUAUUAUUUAAAUGGCUUUCUUUCUUAAUUCUGGCUAAAGCCUGACUAUAUGCUUUUUCUUCUGUAUUCUGUUGUAUUUUGUGGUGCCCAAGCCUGCUGUUGUGUUGCUUACAGUGCUCUCUAGUGAUGACCAGUGGAAAUGUCAUGGUUAUUAAAUGUGCUGCCAGUCACUCUGUAUUUUUCCCACGCCUCUUCAACAAUCAGUCAGACAUCGACCGGGAGGCCACGCAAACACAGAACAGGACGAAAAAUCAGGAGCCGGCUUUGAGAGACAAUCAAAGGUUGUUGUUUUUUGAUAAAGGGAGCAGACCUUAGGUGUACUUGUAUGCGUGUGACUGUGUGUGUUGUCUGUGCUUGAAUUUAAACAUCCGUAGUUUUCCUCCGGGUCAGUAUUUGUUGGAAACAUGAGGAUUUUUUUGAAAAGGUAACUCAACAAAUUAAACUUCCCACAGUGAGACGGAGGUAUACUGUACCAGCGGCAGUGUGUGUGUGUGUGUGUGUGUGUGUGUGUGUGUGUGUGUGUGUGUGUGUGUUGUCAUUGUGUGAAUGUACAUCAGUCUAUCCAGCCGUGCCUACAGUCACUUAUUUUGGUUAUUUACUCCCAGGCAGAGCAGGGAUGUGCCUUUGAAACAGCACCUGGGGAACAGAUGAAAGGGAAAGGCUCUUCUUCUCCAUCCUGAAAAACAAACACACCUGGUAACACACACACAGAGACUCACCUUACACACUUAUUAGUUUUAAACAGCGUCAUACUCACAGCUGUAGACCUCAUAAAUGUCUGUACGGGGUAUCUGCUCUGAGGCUUCAACCUUUCUCUUUGUUCGUAUGAAUAUUUGUAACGAACACAAUCAGGCUGGUCAGCCUCCAGACACAGGGACAAACGAGUGUGUGGAGUGUAUGGAAAUGUGUCGGCGUGUGUGUGUGCCUUUUGCAUUCAGUUACAUGCAGUAUAUCUUUCAGGGCAGCUAGCCCCUGUAAUGAGAGCGCAUUGGAAGGAAUGUUCCCCCAAAUCACAAAGCUACUUACAGCCCAAGCAGGAGCCACAGAGCUGGUCCCUCAGCCAGGUGACUGUGUCGGGGUUAUUUCAGGUCUCUAACUUGAGCAUGAAACUGUUGUUCAUAAACAUGGUGUAAGCCUUAAUUCCCUGUCCUCUGCUAUCAAAGCCGUUUGAUGGAAAACGCUCCCAAUUUUUGAAUCUCUUAAAGUCAAUUUGCAUCCUAAAUUGAUGCAAUUAAAACCCUGCAGCAUACAGCACAGAGCGGCACCCGGUCUGAAUGUAAAGAGAAAAUAAACAAGCCUAAAGAAAUGUGAUGUUUACUAUAACUAACAUUCAGCUCUGCAGUUUUGCAGUGAGAUGAAUGAACUCUUAAAAGAUGUAGAAGGUUCUGUUUUAAGAAUCUCUGUGGAUUAUAACAACACCAGUGAACAGGCAGUUGCUCAGUUGUUUUGCUUGUUAAUAUUAUUUUGUUCCUCUAACAAGUCGGCCAGUUGUGAAAAGCAGUUCAGUCGUCAUCCAACAAUGUGAAAUUCUCAAAAACACACAAAAUCCGAUCCGUAUAGGCAGGAAUGUUCCCGAUCCAGCAGGUUCAGACUGUACAUUGUUUUGAGCACUGGUUUCCUGACCAGACCUGCAGUGUGUCAAUGCUUAAAUGAUGACUAAUAAGUAGUUUCGUAUUUUAUUGUACAUGGAAAGUGCUCUAGUUUUUUGUAUUUCAAAUGAAGUAUGGCCACACGGCCAACUGUGCAGUGCAGAUGUUUUGCUCGCAUCUUUAAAAGUGUGCAUCAAGUUGGAUGUUAGAUACAGUUGUCCACCUUCUACAGAGACGUAUAAAAACACACACGCCAGUUACUCCAGUGUGAAUGUUGAGUUAUUUUACAGUGCAUAUGGUUUAUUUCUUUCCUCAGCUUUGUUUUUUGGUGCUUUUCAGAGGGGGAUGGGAAAUGUGAAUGUUCAGAUGUUUCAAAUGUUCCAUUUUGUACUAUCUUUUGAUUUUAAGAACCUUUGCACAAUGUUUUAUAAAAAAGGAUUGUGUCGACAGGUUUUGGAUAAGAAGGGUGAAUUGAUCCAUUCCUGUACGAUCUUGUCUCGAUGUUGCUUCGUAGUUUUCCUGUCAGUGCAGUUCCUGACAAACAGAGGAAGGUGCUUGACUUUAUUUACUUAAAAAAACAACCCUGAACCCUUAUUUUCCUCAAGCAUCAGUGAUCAGACAAGAGCAGGCUGGAUGUUGUUUGUUCUGUAGGGAUGCUGGUUUUCAGUCAAGCACAACUUGCGAGGUUAGCGAUUGCAGCAGGAGAGCAAGGUUUCACAAAGCUCAGAGUGACGGCUUAUGCCGCUGUAUCAGGAUGCGUUUUGUUUCCUUUUGUCAGAAGAACAAACUGAACAGUAAAGUGAUCAGCCCUGACUGGAGAUAUAAAGCACACAUUUCAGGAAGUUUGGAAGAACUGAAACUAUGGUUUACAUCCCGGAUCCAUUGUCUUUGUAAAAUGUAAAGAUAUGAAAAAGACAUUUGCAGUGAUCACAGUAUUAAAGUUUCUGAAAUAAAUAAAUGCUGUAUCGA